GCCUGGCGAGCUCGGCUCGAUCCAGACGCUCCUGGGCCCGUUGGCUCGCUGCAGAGCGCGGGAGGCGUCGCCGCGCGCUGACGGCUGUAGAGCCCGGCGCCCGCUGCUAGCCUAGCGGGGCCCAAGCGCCCGGAUAGCGGGGUGGCGGCCGUUGGGGGAACGCCACAAAAGGAUGUUGUUAUAAAACCUGAUGCACCAAGCACAUUGUUUUUGGAGAAACAUGCAGAUUACAUAGCUUCUUAUGGUGCAAAGAAAGACGACUAUGUCUCCCAACAAGAUGGCCUCAAUUACGUUUUAAAGUGUGGCACCUCUGACUGAAAGCUUCCUUCUCUUAUGCCAUGUGUAUGGUCUCGCUCUCCUGCUCACCUGUAGCAAGAAAAUACAUAAAUUACUAUGGAAUAUUACAAUACAGUAUGAAAAAUCAUAGGAGUACUGUAUGUCGGAAUAUUUGAGGAUGAGCGGUGUCUACUGGGGACUGACAGUAAUGGAUCUCAUGGGACAGCUGCAACGAAUGACCAAAGAAGAAAUUCUAGCAUUCAUCAAAUCAUGUCAACAUGAGUGCGGUGGAAUAAGUGCCAGUAUAGGUCACGAUCCUCACCUUUUAUAUACCCUAAGUGCUGUCCAGAUUCUUACCUUAUAUGAUAGUCUCCAUGUUGUUGAUGUAAAUAAAAUUGUUGACUACGUAAAGAGCCUGCAAAAAGAAGAUGGAUCGUUUGCUGGAGACAAAUGGGCUGAGGACCUUGAGCAUUGUGGAGCCUGGUGUUGGUGUAUUCUUGAGGGAGAAAUAGAUACAAGGUUCUCUUUCUGUGCUGCAGCAACACUAGCUCUUUUGGGGAAGCUAGAUGUUGUUGAUGUGGAAAAAGCAGUCGAAUUUGUUUUGUCCUGUAUGAACUUUGAUGGAGGAUUUGGUUGCAGACCAGGUUCUGAAUCACAUGCAGGGCAGAUAUAUUGUUGCACAGGAUUUCUGGCUAUAACAGGCCAGUUGCACCAAAUAAAUGCUGACUUGCUGGGCUGGUGGCUUUGUGAACGUCAGUUACCCUCUGGAGGUCUCAAUGGAAGGCCAGAGAAGUUACCAGAUGUAUGUUAUUCAUGGUGGGUGUUAGCAUCCCUGAAGAUAAUUGGUAGACUACAUUGGAUUGACAGAGAGAAAUUGCGCUGCUUUAUCUUGGCUUGCCAGGAUGAGGAGACUGGAGGAUUUGCAGACAGACCAGGAGAUAUGGUGGAUCCUUUUCACACCUUAUUUGGAAUUGCUGGACUAUCAUUGUUAGGAGACGAACAAAUUAAGCCUGUCAGUCCUGUUUUUUGUAUGCCUGAAGACAUCCUUCAAAGAAUAAAUGUACAGCCUGAACUUGUGAGCUAGACCUUACAGAAGCAAAAGGUUGCAAUGCUUAGCUGCUUUGAUUUUGUUGGUUGAAACUCAUCUCAAACAUACUUGCAUAUAUUUUUUCAUUUUAAUGUGUUUACAUCAGUACAAUAAGAAAUUAUCACUAUACAGUAAACCUUGUCACUUUGUCUGUGGAUUGUGUCAAAAUGGCUUGUUUAAAUAAAUUAUGUGGAUGUUACAUGUAUUGCAGGUCUGUAACAGAUGAAGAAACGUUUUUAUCUGCAUCUAAAUAUGUGGACCUGUGAGCUCUGUACACUAACUUAGAACAACAGUGUAUUAGUACCAGUAGUAGAGUACUUGAAUGACUUAAUUUUUUUGCAUUUCCUACAACAUCAAUCAUAAAACAUUUUUCUUGAUAAUAUAAGCAUGUAUUGACAGUGAAUUGCCCUGAGCACUUAUUUAAGAGAAGCAGAGAAAAGAUACUUAUAGUUAGAACACUUUGAUGUUAGUGGACACUUGUGCAUUUAAAACAUCCUGUUUAGGAAAUACUGUCAUUUUUCCAAUACUGAAACACACAAGUUUUCUUCUCCUAGCAAUUAAGUGUAAAGGUUUUUGUUCUCAGCAAAUACAGUUGUUACCUACCAGUAAAGUCCUUUAUUAAAGAAAAUAUUUUUACUACUGGAAAUCCAGUAUAAUUUGUGUUGAGUGUAGAUUGAGCUGGUAAUAAGCAUUCUACAGAUUGCCACUCUACAGUCUUAUGAUUUGCCAAAUGUGCUGCUAAUUGAAAAUUUGUCAUUGGUUUGAACUACUACUUCAUUAGCACUUGAGAAAAUAGUUGCGAAAGAAAUAUCAAGAAUAAAAGUAGCUAUGAAAAAUAUUUUCUGAAGGAUGAAAUCGUUUUUGUCUUCAUUGGAGCGCUUAAAGUGCCUCCGUUUUACAUUUCAGAGCAUUGUGUUUGCAUCUGGUCACCAUGUUCUGACUGAGAAAGACUAAAUGAAAUUCCAGUUGGACCAUAUUAAAGGUAAUUGUGAAGGAAAAAAUAGCCUUUAACAGUCCCCAGCUUAUUUAUAGUUACAGAUGUCCUAAAAGAUUUUUCAAAAUAGUUCUCCAUUUUUUUAAUAGAAUGGUCAAUACAGAGCACUAGUCCUUAUUUCAACUGGCCUGUUUUAAGGUUAUUUUUCUUUAAAAGCCUUUUUGCCAGUCAAACUGUUUUUCUAAAUUAACUGGUGGUUCUUUUAAAGAAGACCACUGAUAAGAAAAGGUGUACAAAGCAAACUAGUGUUCUAAUUAGUCACUGCUUAAAUAUAUUCUUGUCUUCCGCUUUAAUUACUGUAUUAUAUAGAUUUUUUGAAAGAUUCUGGUACUGUAUAUUGUAGUCAAUCCAGCAAUAUCUAUCACUACACAUAUGAAUUUAUCUAUAGAUUAUAUCUUGUUCAAUCUUCCAUCAAUAAAGCAUCCAAUGAAGAAAAUUAGUUGUCCUUUAUAACACGUGGAAGUUAAAGUAUUUAGUCUCAGCAUUGGUAUCACUGACUACCUCAUUUUAUCAUGUUAAAUGUUAAGAUUUUCAGCUCCCUGUGUGGAAUUACAGUAAGAUAUUAGUACUGUCUUUGACAGCUUGACUUUGCAUGUAGAGAUCCUUUAUUAAAUGUUUUCACACA